UGGCGCGCAGCUCCGCGUUCAGCCGCUUCUUGACGCAGUCGGUCCGCGGAGCAGCAGCGGCGCAUAAACUGGACUUUUGGCGCACAGUGGGUCAAAUCUGGCGCAUUCCGAGGCCUUUGUCCGGGCCCAGGGAAACACACCGGAGCCGUGAAUGAUCCGCAGAGUUAACGCACUUCACAAACUGUCCGCACGGAGACUUUUAAGACGCGUUUGGCCCCGGAGCUAACGCGUUAGCCGUAGCAUCAAGGGGACCGCGCACAUUGUCCAGGCUGGAGACGCAAAUGUCGCUGGUGGACCUGGGAAAGCGCCUCCUGGAGGCCGCCCGCAAAGGUCACGACGACGAGGUGCGAAACCUGAUGGCCAACGGCGCCCCCUUCACCACAGACUGGUUGGGCACGUCGCCUCUGCACUUGGCGGCGCAGCAUGGACAUUACUCGACGGCGGACGUGCUGCUGCGAGCCGGAGUGAGCAGAGACGCUCGCACCAAAGUGGACCGCACCCCCCUGCACAUGGCGGCCGCCGAAGGACACACCGUCAUCGUAGAACUGCUCGUACGGAGCGGCGCCGACAUAAACGCCAAAGACAUGCUGAAGAUGACGGCGCUGCACUGGGCGGCGCAGCACGGUCACCACGGCGUCGCAGAGACGCUCAUCAAACACGGCGCCGACGUCCACGCGCUCAGCAAGUUUGACAAAACGCCGUUCGACAUCGCGGUCGACAUCCAGAACACCGAGCUCAUGCUCCUGCUGCAGGAGGGGAUGCAGAACCAGGUGAACCUGAACGUGGACGGAGCUUCGUUCGCCUCGUUCCAUCAUUCCAGGGUUUGUCGUCGACUGCCAGACGGGGCUGGUCAACCUGAGCGACCUGCUGCACAAGGCCAACGCAGGCUGUAUGGUGUUGGCUGUCUGACUGUGUCCUCUCCUCUGAUUGGCUGUCUGACUGUGUCCUCUCCUCUGAUUGGCUGUCUGACUGUGCUCUCCUCUGAUUGGUCAGUGCUGGUGCCGGCGAACACCGUGACAGAGGAGGUGGUUUCUGAAGAGCCUCCGACGAGAAAACGAAAACUGGAGCCGACGCCCGAACUCCCGGAGACGGAGGUGCUCCAGCGUCAGCUGCAGGAGGCCAACAGGAAGGCUCAGGAGUACCGGCAGCAGUUGUUGAGGAAGGAGCAGGAGGCCGAGGAAUAUCGGAUCAAACUGGAGGCCAUGUCCCACGUCCGGGCCAACGUCGGCGCCGACGCCCCGACCAACGGCGCCGACGAUCCCGACGACCCGGCCGACGGCGAGAACGGCGAGCGCGACGAGGUGGAGGGAGAAGAGGAAGUGGUCGGCAUCAUCAUGACGGAGGAGGGGGAGGGGCAGGAAGUGACGCUGGUGACGGGCGCCGCCGAGUGACGGGCGCCGCCCAUUUAAACCUGGUCUGGUCCUGGUUCAGACCUGGACUAGACCUGGUCUAGACAUGUUUCUGGGCCAGAGGACCAGGACCAGGUCCAGGUUCUUCUUCUGCCAAACGUCGUCCAUUUUAAACCCGGGUGGGACUCUGGAGGGUCCUAAAAUGGCCGCCUCCUUCAGUGAACUUUAACCUUUGUAAUAAACUCCAGGAAUGUUUGUUUUAGCUCAUUUAUUUCCUCCCCCUGUCCCCGCCCCCACUCCCCCUGUCCCCGCCCCCUGUCUGUCUCUGUUGUUUGUUUGUACAUAAAAGUGUAUUUUUGUAACCACGACAACGAUGAUGAAACAUUAGAGACAUAAAAAUGUU